AUGGGAGCAAUGACUGCAUUGGUAGCGACCCUGAUGCUGUGGUCCAGCAUGGCCUUGCCAGCACAGGCGUAUCCCAAUUAUGCUCCUUUGCAAUACCGACUGCGUGAUGUCUAUGACGGACCUUCGUUCUUCGAUCACUUCAAUUACUACUCUGGGAAAGAUCCAACUGAUGGAUAUGUCAGCUACGUCAAUAAACAAUCUGCCCAAUCCCUCAACCUCACCUACGCAACCUCCAACACCGCCAUCCUCCGCGUCGACGCAUCCACUCCCAACCCAGGCCCCAAAGGCCGCCAGUCCGUCCGCAUCGAGUCCCAAAAAGCCUACGACUCCGGCCUCUUUCUCUUCGACAUCGCCCACACCCCCCACGGCUGCGGCACCUGGCCCGCGCUCUGGAUGAGCGAUACGCUGCAUUGGCCGCAGAACGGCGAGAUUGACAUUAUCGAGUCGCAUAAUACCGGCGUGCAGGGGAAUGAGAUCUCCUUGCAUGCAUUGGGGGAUUGUAGUAUGGGAGGGGAGCGGAGACUUACGGGGACUGCGGUGUCGAUGGAUUGUGAUAUCGCGGUGGGUGGGAAUGCGGGCUGUGCGGUGAUGGGAGAUUCUUCCACGUAUGGCGCGGACUUUAAUGCGAGAGGCGGAGGGGUCUACGCUCUCGAAAUCCGCGACGCAGGCAUUCGAAUCUGGGUGUUCCAUCGCGAUUCCAUGCCCUUGGACAUCGCCAACGGCCAAUCGCCCAAUCCGUCGUCCUGGGGUCCUCCUCUCGCGGAUUUCCCCAGCACAAACUGCAAUAUCAAGAGCCAUUUCCGCAAUCUGAACAUCAUCGUCAAUAUCGAUCUCUGUGGAGAAUAUGCGGCCAUGGCAUCGCAUUAUACGCAGAUGUCGGGGUGUCCUGGCUCGUGUGCGGAAUUUGUGGCGACGAAUCCCAGCAAUUUCAACAAUGCGUAUUGGGAAUUUCGCAGCAUCCGAGUGUAUCAAGCGGUGUAA